GGUCAUGGAGUCCUGGAGAUGCCCUCAGGCACCGGGAAGACAGUGUCCCUGCUGGCCCUGAUAGUGGCCUACCAGAGGGCUUUUCCGCUGGAGGUGACCAAACUUAUCUACUGCUCUCGGACUGUGCCAGAGAUUGAGAAGGUGACACCACUGCGCUUUGGGAAGGACGUGGACGGCAAGUGUCACAGCCUCACAGCCUCAUAUGUGCGGGCCCAGUACCAGCAGGAUGCCAGCCUGCCUCACUGCCGCUUCUAUGAGGAGUUUGAUGCCCACGGACGCCAGGUGCCCCUCUCUACAGGCAUCUACAACCUGGAUGACCUGAAGGCCCUGGGGCAGCGGCAGGGCUGGUGCCCCUACUUCCUGGCUCGAUACUCGAUCCUGCAUGCCAACGUGGUGGUUUACAGCUACCACUAUCUCCUGGACCCCAAGAUCGCAGACCUGGUGUCCAAAGAGCUGGCCCGCAAGGCCGUCGUGGUCUUCGAUGAAGCCCACAACAUUGACAAUGUCUGCAUCGACUCCAUGAGUGUAAACCUCACCCGCAGGACUCUGGACCGCUGCCAGAGCAACUUGGACACCUUGCAGAAGACGGUGCUCAGGAUCAAGGAGACAGACGAGCAGCGGCUGCGGGACGAGUACCAGCGCCUGGUGGAGGGGCUGCGGGAGGCCAGCGCGGCUCGGGAGACAGACGCGCACCUGGCGAACCCUGUGCUGCCGGACGAGGUGCUGCAGGAGGCCGUGCCAGGCUCCAUCCGCACUGCCGAGCACUUCCUGGGCUUCCUGCGGCGGCUGCUGGAGUACGUCAAGUGGCGGCUGCGCGUGCAGCAUGUGGUACAGGAGAGCCCUCCUGCCUUCCUGAGCGGCCUGGCUCAGCGCGUGUGCAUCCAACGCAAGCCCCUCAGGUUCUGUGCUGAGCGCCUGCGCUCCCUCCUGCACACCUUGGAGAUUGCUGACCUGGCUGACUUCUCCCCGCUCACACUCCUUGCUAACUUCGCCACUCUCGUCAGCACUUACGCCAAGGGCUUCACCAUUAUCAUCGAGCCCUUUGAUGACAGGACCCCGACCAUUGCCAACCCCAUCCUGCACUUCAGUUGUAUGGACGCCUCCUUGGCCAUCAAGCCUGUGUUUGAGCGCUUCCAGUCUGUCAUCAUCACCUCUGGGACACUGUCCCCACUGGACAUCUACCCCAAGAUCCUGGACUUCCACCCCGUCACCAUGGCAACCUUCACCAUGACACUGGCCCGAGUCUGCCUCUGCCCAAUGAUCAUUGGCCGUGGUAAUGACCAGGUGGCCAUCAGCUCCAAAUUUGAGACCAGGGAAGAUAUUGCUGUAAUCCGCAACUACGGCAACCUCCUGCUGGAGAUGUCUGCUGUGGUCCCCGACGGCAUUGUGGCCUUCUUUACCAGCUACCAAUACAUGGAAAGCACCGUGGCCUCCUGGUAUGAGCAGGGCAUCCUUGAGAACAUCCAGAGGAACAAGCUGCUCUUCAUUGAGACACAAGACGGGGCAGAGACCAGUGUGGCCAGGCGUGUGAAAACGGCCGGGGGGCCAUUCUGCUCUCGGUGGCUCGGGGCAAAGUCUCAGAAGGGAUUGACUUUGUGCACCACUAUGGGCGGGCUGUGAUCAUGUUCGGUGUCCCCUACGUCUACACUCAGAGCCGAAUCCUCAAG